AUAGUCAACGAUAAUGUUUGUUUUCCUGUCAGAUUGAGUUGAAUAAUAACUAUGCUUUGUGUUAUCCCAAUUCUACUAGCAGGAUUCUUAUUAACAUGCCAGGGCAUUCCUAUUAAAGACACUCGCCUACAAUGGAUAUCUUCACGGACUUGGGCAGAUAUAGAAGCUCAUCACACUGAUGCUGAAAGAAUCAUCUAUCAUGCUUUGUAUGGACCUGCUCAAAACCAGUCCUAUAAAAGACUUGCAGAGUUCACAGAUACAUUUGGUUCUCGUAUAGCUGGAUCUCAAAAUCUGGAAAAUGCUAUCGAUUAUCUAGUGGCAAAACUGAAGGAAGAUGGAUUAGACAAUGUUCACACAGAGGCUGCACAAGUACCUCACUGGGUGCGUGGAGAGGAAUCAGCUGUAAUGCUGUCACCACGGUAUCAUCCAAUGGCCAUUCUAGGACUGGGGAGCAGUAUUGGGACCCCUGAAAAUGGCAUCACUGCUGAUGUGCUGGUUGUAACUUCAUUUGAUGAUCUAAAGGCAAAGGCCAAGCUGGCCAAAGGAAAAAUAAUAGUGUACAAUCAGGAAUUUGUGAAUUAUGGAGUAUCUGUAAAAUACAGACGAUCAGGAGCUGUGGAAGCAGCCAAGGUCGGGGGUGUGGCAUCUCUUAUCAGAAGUGUGACCCCCUUCUCCAUAUACUCACCUCACACUGGAUGGCAGGAUUAUGAUGACAGUGUAAAAAAAAUUCCCACUGCCUGUAUCACAAUAGAAGAUGCUGAAAUGAUGCAACGCAUGCAAGAACAAGGAGAUAAAAUAAGAGUGACACUGAAAAUGCAGGCAAAGAAUCUACCCCCUGUAAUGUCAAGAAACACUGUGGCAGAAAUUAAAGGAUCCAAAUAUCCUGAACAGGUUGUGCUAGUGAGUGGUCACCUGGACAGCUGGGAUGUGGGUCAAGGUGCCAUGGAUGAUGGAGGUGGGGCAUUUAUUUCAUGGCAGGCUUUAUCCAUUGUAAAACAGCUAGGUCUGCAACCCAAACGUACCAUUCGAAUGGUUAUGUGGACAGCUGAGGAAGAAGGAGCGUUCGGUGCCCAAGCUUACUACAACAAACACAAGGGUAAUGUCAGUAAUUUUGACCUUGUGAUGGAAUCAGAUGGGGGAACAUUUAUGCCACUUGGAUUUCAGUUCAAUGGCAAUUCAGCUGCAAAGUCCAUUAUGAAAAAAAUUAUUGAACCACUUCAGAGAGUUAGAUCUAUCCCCCUCUUGCCUAAUGGAGGUGGGGAGGAUAUUGCUGAGUGGAUGAAGGCAGGAGUUCCCAGUGGCAGUAUAGCAACAGAUGUUAAUAAAUACUUCAAAUUUCAUCAUUCCAAUGGAGACACAAUGACAGUACAGGACCCUGUUGAGAUGAAUGUCUGUGCGGCUCUGUGGACUGUUGUGGCUUACACUGUUGCAGACAUAGAGGAUAUGUUACCAAGGUGAUCUGGCCAUUACACUUUGACUACAAUCUUCACAUACCACGUACCACACAGCAAAUGUAAUUUCUGCAUCUUGAAAUACAUGAACAUGUAGUCGGAUCCUGAAAAUGAUGUGCAUGUAUUCAAAUCUAUUUUUGUGAAUCCAGAUUAAAACUUUUUUUAUAUAUCCCAAUAGAUUUAAAUAUUUUUAGAUUUUAUUGUCAUAUAUCCAAUUGAAACCCAAAAGUGUACUCACUCAUGUAAAUUAGACAACCUUAGAAAUAUUAUUUAUAUAUGAUACUACUGCCUUGGAUAUCAUAUCUUUUGUAUGUAAACGAUAUGAAAUGAUGUUCAUGAUAUUAAUUUUGCAAGUUUUUUUUAAGGAGAAAAAUCUCUAUUUCUUAUUGCUGGUGAAACAAACUGCUUGUUUAUUUUUUUUUUCAUUAUUUAUAAUACAUCAAUGGAUUUCUCUAAACAAAUAAGGCUGAGGUUAUCCUAAUAGGACAUUUUGUUUUUCAUUGUGUUAUUAAAAUUUAGUUUGGUUACUAAUACAUGUGUAGUACAAACAGAUUAAACAAUACUUAGACAAAAUUUAAGGUUCAUCAACCCUCUGAUAAGAAAGAUAACUCUUACUGGGAUAAAUUACUUUUAUUCCUGUAUAAAUUAAGUUAAAAGGCCACCUCUGUCCAAUUUUUCCUCACAAGCAAUGCUAAAAACUGUGUGCAAUUUAAUAUACAUAAUGUAUUUUGGACAAUCAUUAGCAUUAAUUAAAGCAAAUUUUUAUAUGAGUGAACAGAGGGAAGAUGAACCUUAAUUGCAUUUGGUUUUGUUUUUUUUUUUACAUUCUACAUUUUGUUUAACAUAAUGCUGUUAUGUGCAUUUUUGACAUAAUAUUCUUUUCAGGAUUUGGAGAUUGUUUUAUUUACUGUUGCUGCUAAGCAAAUGUAUAUAAGUGACCAUAUCCUAUUUUUGAUGGAGUAAUUUUUUUUUUUACUAAUUGCACAUCUGUUACUGUGAUAUCAGAUUACAUAUCAGUGUUACGAUUUUUUACAUUUCCAGUAUGUUGAUAUUUAAUUCCAGUAGUCUGUCUUUUUCCCUCUGCUUUUUUUGUUUUUAAUUAGGACCCUGCUUUGUGGAAGCUCUAUUGUAAUUUGACUGUCCAAUGUCCAGAAUAUAUUUUCUCUCCUUUUGACACAGUCUAACUCAUAUUGCAUUCACAAUGUGCAUUGACAAUGAUCCAAGUUUAUAUGUACAAUUUUUGCCCUUAGAAUAGUUUGGAUGACACUUAACCCAUGGAGUGCCGUAGAUCAAGGGUGUGCAUUAUUUGAACUAAGUCAAGGUCAAAAACACUUUUGUGCAAACUCUCAAGAGGGUGUUAUUAUUUUCAUGCAGCUACAUAUAAUUUGGAAGUCAUCAACUCCAUAAAAUUUAAAUCAAACUUGCAGAGAACAAAUUGUCUUUUUACUUCUUCUAUUACCCUAAACAGAAAUACAUGUAAUUCUUUCCUUUACACCUAGACGAAAUCUUUUUCAGAAUAUAAAAUUCUCUCCACACGUCCCUUUGAACCCUAUGCCCUUUACAUAUACUAAAAGUGAGACCCUUUUGAGACAGUUACCAUCUUAGUGAUAUCUGUAUUACUUCAGUUAUGAGUACAUGUAUAUAGUUUUGGAAGAGUAUGAUCUACUGAUUCAAUAUACUGUAUACAGGGAAAUUUUGGUCCCUGUUUUUUUUUUUUUUUUUUUUUUGCCUUUUCGCCCUACCCACAGGUGGACGAAUUUAAAAAGAGGCAAACUCGAAGCAUGAAUUCUUAAAAAGAAUUGUGACUGGGCAAAUUAAAAAUGGGGCAAAAUUGUUUGCAAUUUUUAAAGGGUGAAAAUAACACAGGGCCAAAAUAACCUUGUAUACAAUAAUGAUGUACUUAAGAGUUUUAAUUCAUUAAUAGAUCUGCUGAAUAUUGAUAUAUUUAUAGACUUGCAUCAGUUGUGUAUGGUGAUUCUAUACAAUAGUUUACUUUUUUAAAACAUGAACUUAUUAACAGAGA